AUCGUUGAGAAAUUCUCAUCUGUAGUGACGGUAGUCGCAGAAAGCUCAUGGUUCAUGCUCUCUAAUUUUCCCGGGAAGGAAGGGAAGGAAAUAGGGAGUCCUAGAUGGCUUGGCUGUUGGUUAUUACUGCAUUCGUUGUAAUUUGGGUUGCUUCAUUAUGCAAAAUUCUUCAUAUAUCAGUCUCAUCUUCUAGGAGUGCUUUCUUAAAUAGUGAUGGAACUCAAAAGAGAAAUGUCUUGCUGGUUGUUGCCCAUCCGGAUGAUGAGUCUAUGUUUUUUUCUCCAACAAUAAACUUCCUAACAUCAAGGGGGCAUAAUCUUCAUAUUCUGUGCAUGUCAAUUGGUAAUGCAGAUGAGAUGGGAACCAUCAGAAGAGAAGAACUAUACAAAGCUUCCACAAUUCUUAAGGUUCCCCUCAAUCAAGUGAAGAUCCUCGACCAUCCAGAUUUGCAGGAUGGUUUUGGCAAAGUGUGGAAUCAUAAAUUGCUGGCAAAGAUUAUUGAACAGGAGAUAUCAAGCCAUGGGAUUGACUCGAUUAUUACCUUUGAUAGCUAUGGAGUUUCUGGUCACUGUAAUCACCGUGAUGUGCACUAUGGGGUGCAAAGUUUCUUGCUUAAUAAAGUUCCACAAAGUUUUGAGGCCUGGGAACUUGUCAGUACCAAUAUACUGCGCAAGUAUAGUGGACCAUUCGACAUUUGGUUAUCUAUGUUAUCCAAAGAGAAUACAAGUGGAAUGAUGCAUUGCUUAUUAAAUGAAUGCCCCCAGAAAAGCUUCCUCGCAAUGGCUCAGCACUCAAGCCAAUGGGUUUGGUUCCGCAAGCUCUUUGUUACCUUUUCCAGUUAUACCUAUGUCAACACACUCAAAAGAAUUAAUUAGCCGUGCUUGCUGUUAUAAUGCCACAAGAUGUUACCAACUUUGCAGAUAUCUACUUCGGGGGAACUGUGAACUCGGAUGGCUUGAUUUCAUGUAAGGUUUCAAUUGGAGUCUCUCCCCUUUUUCUGGUGCGUUUGAAUGAUCGUUCUUUCUUUUUAUAUUACAACAAAAGUGGGGUGUGGAGAUUUUAAUCUCCGGCUUAAAAAAGAGUAGAUAUCAUUUACAUAUGUGCUAUGUUCAUGUUGCAAUUUUAAUGAUUUUGCUUUCGAUGUAUAAAACUUCACCACACUGAUGUUACUCAUCUUUAGAAACUAAACUUAGGCCCCAUUUAUUCAUUGACUUCAACUUGUUUGUUAGAAAUCCACAGACCGAAUUGGGAAUGCGGGAUUGACAA